GGCUAUUUUUGGCUUUUGAUUCCCAAAUUGACACAAGGAUUUAGAUCUUUAACAAUGUCACAAAUACUUGGGGGUUCACAUGCUAUUUUUAUUUGACUAAUAUCAAAUGCACUUGACACCUCUCUGUAACAAUGUGUCAUUAGCACGUAUUUGCCUAGUAUCCCUGCAUGCAGUGGUUUCUGUUGUAAUCAUGAUCAACAGAAUAUCUCUAACCUUAUCAGCCAAACUCUAAACCACAGGGCAAAGUUGCAGAAUUGGGCAGUUUCCUCCAAAACACUGGAGGACUUCAUUCCCCUGUGUUCUAGCUGAAUCCCAGUCACCACAGCAAAAUUUAACACUUUUCAAACCUCGGAACUUUAUAGAAAAGACACAUUUACCUUUAAUUCGUAACUCUUGUCAUCGCACCCAUUCAUCUAAAUUUCACCAACAAUGAUUUUAUUACAAAUCGCCCUCCUACUUGCUCUCUAUGGGAACAUCCAGUGCCAAGAAAGAACGUACAUUGUUUUAGGGCCUCGAGUAUGGAGAGUCGGAGCCUCAGAAACAGUGGUGGUUCAGGCAUUCGGUAUGAAGGAAGAUCUGAAGAUAAAAAUUUCUUUACUUAGCUAUCCGGAUAAAAAAACUGAAUAUGCAUCUCAGAGUCUGGUGCUGAACUCGGGAAACAACUACCAAGGCCUAACCUAUAUGAUGAUUCAACCCAAGCAAUUACCUAGAAAAAGCAACACAGAGCAAUUUGUGUACCUGCACGCAUUAUCCAAUGUGUUCACCAAAGAGGAGAAGGUGCCGGUGACAUAUAAGAACGGGUUCCUCUUCAUUCAGACAGACAAACCUGUUUAUACUCCCGACCAAUCUGUAAAAAUGAGAGUUUAUUCAAUGGAUGAAGAGCUAAAGCCAGCGCGACGCAGAGUCACCUUAACCUUUGAGGACCCAGAAAAAGUCAAAGUGGACAUUAUGGGAGAAAAUGAUGUCACUGGAAUAAUUUCCUUCCCUGAUUUCAAGAUCCCCACCAACCCAAAAUUUGGUAUAUGGGCUAUUCAUGCUGCCUAUGAAAACGAUUUCACGACAUCUACUGCGGCACAUUUUGAAGUGAAAGAAUAUGUUCUGCCAAGAUUCUAUAUCUCCAUUCAACCAGAGAAAAAUUUCAUUUGCCAUGACAACUUCGAGCAUUUUGAAAUCAAAGUGAAAGCAAACUAUUACUACAAUAAAAAAGUUAACGAAGGAAUGGCCUAUAUUCGCUAUGGGAUUAUUCAAAAUGGAGAAAGGACAUUGAUGCCUAAAUCAAUUGACGUAUCGCAGGUGGUUGAUGGAGAAGCAGUUUUUCAUUUCAAUAGCAAGAAGGCGGUGGAAGAACUGGGGUAUCAUAGUCUAGAUGAACUUGAUGGUUCUUAUUUAUACAUAACCGUAUCCAUCGAGGAGCCCUCAGAUGGGCGAACUGAGGAAAGUGAAAAUAUCGACGUCAAGUAUAUUUUAUCUCCGUACAUCUUAAAGCUCAUCGGCACUCCACUUUUUGUGAAACCUACGUUGCCGUAUUACAUAGAGGUUCAGUUGAAGGAUACCUUGGACAAGCCAGUGGGUAAUAUCCCUAUAAUGUUGACUGGCGAAAUGAUCAAAGAUGGUGGUGAAUCUGAAUGGUUAAAUGGCAACGAACCAGAGACGAAGAGAACACUAAGGAAUGAUGGGACAGUUGUUUUUAUUGUAAAUAUUCCAUCAGAUGUAAUAUCGUUAGAAUUCCAGUUGAAGACGGCUGAUGAUACCCUUCCAGAAGAAAAUCAAGCCUCUGCAAGUUACGUUGCGAAAUCGUACAAAUCUUUAACAAAAAGCUACUUGUACAUCGAUUGGGCACGACAGAAUGAACCUCUUAAAGUGGGACAAUACCUCAGUAUUCAGGUGGUCCCCUCCAGCCCAUAUACAUCCAAGAUAACACAUUACAGUUACUUGAUUAUGUCAAAAGGGAAGAUUUUGAAAUCUGAAACUGUGCCCAGAUUUUAUGACUCUGUCUCUCAAAAUCUGAACAUUCCAAUCACAGAAACCAUGAUUCCGUCCAUCCGAAUUCUUGUUUACUACAUUGUUACAGGAGACACAACCGCUGAGCUCAUAGCUGAUUCCAUCUGGGUGGAUUUAGAGGCAAAAUGUGUGAAUAAUCAGAAGGUGCAAGUGUCCGCAAGAAAAGGUGAAUUCAAGCCCAAAGAGGACAUGUCUUUAACACUGCAAGCGCAGGCCAAUUCAUUAGUUGCCUUGUCUGCUGUAGAUGUGGCUGUAUAUGACAUUGCAAGAAAAUCAAAGAGACCAUUGGAAAGAGUCUUAAGGAAGAUUGAGGAAAGUGAUCUUGGCUGUGGGGCCGGAGCAGGGGAAAACAACGCAGAUGUCUUCCGAUUGGCUGGCCUUACCUUUCUGACCAACGCCAACAUCCGCGCAUCCCAGAAUUAUGACAUGAAGUGCACUGACGUUUUGAGACCCAAACGUUCAAUCAGCUUCAACGCUGAAAUAAAGAAGAAAAUUGACAGUUAUAAGAAUAUUCGUUUGAAGACUUGCUGUGGGGAUGGCGUGCAGUGUUUUAUCGCUGAAAAGGACUGCGCUGAAGGAAUCAGUCGAGUUAAGAAGCUGAGACGAAAAGAAUGCGUUGAUGCAUUUUCUCAGUGCUGCGCUUUUGCGAAGACCAUUAAAGAAAAGGCAGACGAGCCGAUUAAAGAAAUGGCACUGGGCAGGAUGUAUAUCAGAACAAUUUUAGAUAUCGACGAACCAGAAGUUCGAAGUUACUUUCCUGAAAGCUGGUUGUGGGAGGAACAUACAAUGACAAGUGUUGGCUUGAAGACAUUUCCAGUAAAGCUUCCAGAUUCUUUGACGACUUGGGAAAUUCUAGGAAUUGGCAUGUCUGAUAAAGGCAUGUGUGUCGCAGAACCACUCAAAGUGCUGGUAUGGAAAGACUUAUUUGUAGAUGUCCAGUUGCCCUAUUCAGUUGUUCGUGGAGAACAAGUUCAACUCAAAGUUGUUGUGUACAAUUACAAGAAUUCCAAUGUUAAGGGUUGUAUUACUGUGUCAGUUGGGAAAGAAAUAUGCCUAUUUGGCGAUUCAACCACUAUCCCUGGCAGUCGCUCUGGGCUAGGCUGUAACUAUGAGAGUAUAUCUACAUUAUCCUUGAAGACAUUUACCUACAGCAUCUUGCCACUGGAACUGGGUCUUCAUACCAUUAACUUUACUCUAAAAGUUUUAUUCGAAAGUGAAAUCUUAGUGAAAACCUUACGAGUCGUGUCAGAAGGCGUACAACAAGAAAAUUAUGCAGGAUUCACUUUAGAUCCACAAGCCAUCCGUGGUAUUACCAAAAGGCGCCAAGAGGUCACCUAUAAAAUCCCACCGAACAUUGUGCCCAAAUCACCAGUCAAUCGAAUUUUAACUCUUAAUGGUAAAAUCCUGGGAGAAGUUAUGAAUACAGUUCUGAAUGGCAAAGGAUUGAAUUAUGUCAUCAAUCUCCCGAAGGGCAGUGCAGAGACCGAACUUAUGAGAGUGCUCCCCAUAUUUUACGUGUACCACUAUCUGGCAACUAACAAUGAAUGGAAUGUACUUGAGUCCAACACGUUUCUUGCACAAUUCGAGAUGGAGAGGAAAAUGAAGGAAGGUUUUACAAGCCUCAUCUCCUUUAGAAAUGUGGACUACUCUUACAGUAUUUGGAGAAACAGUGAGUCAAGUACAUGGUUAACAGCCUUUGCACUACGAAUCUUCGGUGAUAUUCAGAAAUAUGUGACUAUCGAUACCUCGGCCAUCUGUAACAGCAUGCUCUGGCUGAUAGAGAAUUCUCAAGCAAAGGAUGGGUCCUUUGUGGAGCAAGCCACGUACAAGCCAACGAAGAUGCAUGUAAAAAUUCCAACGGAAGCCAGGGAGAGAUCCAUGUACCUUACAGCCUUUGCUCUCAUUGGACUUUCCAAAUCUUAUCAUAUGUGUAAAAUUGAAAAAGUAAGCGGAGCAAUACAUAAGGCUGAAGAGUAUCUAUCGAAGAAUAUGGCCUCCGCACAGAGCACCUAUUCCCUGGCAAUCUCGGGUUAUGCUCUAACGCUGUCAGAUAUCACUAUGCCAGGCGUAAAGGCCGCCAUCACAAAAUUGAAAGGAGAAGCGCUUUAUAAAGGAGUUAUCGACACCCCUGUUUAUCGUUAUUGGAAAGACACCUUAAAGAAGUUUGAUCCCGUUGAGCCGAGUAUCGAUACAGCCCUCAUGGUUGAAACCACAGCAUAUGCUUUGAUGGCCUUCCUGAAAGUUGGGGAAAAACAAUACUCCCAACCCAUCGUGAAAUGGCUACAAGAUCAACAGCAUUAUGGUGGGAGUUUCUUUUCAACUCAGGACACAGCGAUUGCUCUCGAAGCCCUGACAGAGGUUGCCAUCCUUGAUAAGAAGCUCACUCUGAAUAUGGCUGUAGAAGUAUCUUAUAGAAAGUCUGGAUCUUUUAAGGAUUUUCGGUUGACUGAGCAAAGACCUUUCUCAAAGCCUGUAGAGGUGCCAAUUGCAGAAGACCUCAUUAUAACUACAAAAACUGCCAAUGGAAUAGCUACUGGGCAUGUUCGGACUGUUUAUCAUCUAAUAAAACCUACAGAAGAAAACUGUCACUUCGACAUAACUAUCCGUAGAAAGCCGAAUCCAUGGCAAGAUGAGUCCGUAUUUGAUGAGGAUUCCUCUCAGUUAUUGUACCUGGAGGCAUGCGCAAAGUAUUUGCCCAAGGAUGGUGAAGUAGAGACAGCAAGCCAUACCGUGAUGGAACUUAGUUUGGUUACUGGAUUAGAAGCAGAUGAGCAAGAAUUAGAUAAGCUCGUGAACAGAGUUGAUCAGUUUGUAGUUGAUUAUAGCCUUGAAGACGGACGUAUCAUUCUUCAUUUUGAUUCGAUUUCGUCUGAUGUGUAUGUGUGUACUACUGUACGUGUGAGGCAAAUGUUUAAAGUCGGGAUGUUGAGUCCAGCAACUUUUAAGGUCUAUGAAUUCCAUGCACCAGAACAACAGUGUACAAUAUUUUACAACCCCUACGCGGACGAUAAACUGGUGAAAGUUUGUAGUGGAGAUCAGUGUCGAUGUAUGGAAGCUGAGUGCCCGAAACACCAAACCAAAAUGGAUCUGACAAUUGGGGCAGACGCAAGAAAGAAAAAGGCAUGCAAUAGCGACCUUACGUAUGCAUAUAAAGUUCAGAUCGAGGAAUCCGAACGAGAUGUUAAUUUUGUGAAAUACACUGCAACAAUUCUAGACAUAUUCAAUAAAGGUACCGCAUUAGUAAAAUUAAACAAAAAAAUCAAAUUUAUUAAAAAAAAGACCUGCUCUGAUUUUGAUCUAUUGAAUGGAGAUCAGUUUUUGAUGAUGGGAAAAGACGGAGUUUCAAUCAGGACUGGAUUUGAAUUUCAGUAUGAAUACCCCUUGGACUCCAGCAUUUGGGUUGAAUGGUGGCCAGAAAACUGUGACUCACAAGAAUGUGAAAAAUUUUCAACGAUCCUUAAUGAUUUUUCAGAAAGCAUCCUUUUUGACGGCUGUUAAUAAUAUUGUAAUUUUCUUUUUUUUUCU